GGUGGGCAUAAGUGGUAGAGGACACUAUAAAUACGGGCGAACUCAUCCACUCUCUGGUCACAACGAAGUCGUAUCACUUGACCUUUCCUCUACCAUCGCUAAAUCUUAUCAUCAAGCCUUGCGGUACUCCGUGUCUACAAUUAACUCUUGUCUUAGCUCGUCCAUCGCACUCGAGCCAUUCUGUCUCAUCAAAUGACUGGCGCAAAGAUUACACAUUUUGAAACCCAUGACGUGCGAUUCCCGACGUCACUCUCAGGCGAUGGAACUGAUGCUAUGAACACGGACUGUGACUACUCUUCCGCUUAUAUCACGCUCUAUACUUCCUCGUCCCUCGUCGGGCAUGGCAUGACAUUCACUAUCGGACGCGGAAAUGAAAUAGUGUGCCAAGCAAUCAAAGAGGUCGCGUCUCGCCUUGUUGGACGUGAUACCGAACAGCUAUUCGCGAAUAUGGGUGCAGCCUGGGACCAUUUACUGGCUGAUCCUCAGCUGAGAUGGAUUGGCCCCGAAAAAGGAGUAAUCCAUAUCGCCACUGGUGCUGUCAAUAACGCCCUCUGGGACAUGUACGCACGUGCACGAAGUAAGCCCCUCUGGAAGUUGGUAGUAGAUAUGUCACCCGAAGAACUUGUUAGCGCUACCGCCUUCCGUUAUAUUACCGAUGCAAUCACGCGCGAAGAAGCUCUCGCGAUGCUCAAAGAGAAGGAGGCCGGGAAGAAGGACAGGGAGGCUAAAGUUAAAGAGCUGGGAUAUCCCGCAUACGUGACUUCUGCUGGAUGGCUUGGCUAUAGCGACGAAAAGGUCGCCCGUCUCACUAAAGAAGCUGUCUCAGCAGGGUUCAAUCAUUUCAAAAUGAAAGUCGGUUCAAACGCUGCCUCCGACCUCCGUCGGGGCAAGAUCAUUCGCUCCAUCAUCGACGACCCCCAGUAUCUCCCACCGGGUUCUUCUGGGCACUUGGGGCCUAGUGUCGAAGGCAAGAAUGCAGGGCCAACCGGAGCUGUACUCAUGAUAGAUGCGAACCAAGUCUGGGAUGUGCCCCAAGCUAUCGAGUACGUGAAGAGUCUGGAAGAAAUUAAGCCAUGGUUCAUUGAAGAACCUACAGCACCCGAUGAUAUCCUGGGACAUGCCGCGAUCCGGAGCGCACUCAAACCACACGGGAUCGGCGUUGCGACAGGCGAGCACGCGCAUAAUCGCAUGAUAUUCAAACAGCUCCUCCAAGCACAAGCGAUUGACGUCUGUCAAAUCGACUCUUGCCGUCUGGCUGGCGUGAGCGAGGUCCUGAGUGUUCUCUUGAUGGCUGCGAAGUUUGGCGUUCCUGUUUGUCCACAUGCAGGCGGUGUUGGGCUUUGUGAAUAUGUCAUCCAUCUCAGUCUGAUUGAUUAUAUUGCUGUCUCUGGCACGAUGGAGCGUAAUGUUCUUGAGUUCGUCGAUCACUUACACGAACACUUCCUCUACCCAUGUUCGAUCAACUCUCGUGGAAGAUAUAACGUGCCGACAAAUGCUGCGGAGGGAUACAGUAUCGAAAUGCAUAAGAACAGCAUCGCUGAAUAUGAAUGGCCGAAUGGCUCAUAUUGGGUGGAGGCAAAGGGCACAAAGUGAUUCUGCAGGGUAUAUAUAUAAACACAUAUUCGAGGCGUAGGGAAGGAUUAACUUUAUAGAUUAUUUGCACUCGUUUCUACCUAUCUUCUAUACGUGCUCGUUCGUCGAAAUUGCAGACAAAGAAUGUAUUUGUAUUUUUAUUCUAGUCUGACAUG